CUCCCGGCCCCGCGAGGCUCCUGGUGAACCUAGCCACCGCACCUGCCAAGCCCAGGGAUAACCCAGCCGGGGCCGCCCCGGUUUCCUUUCUCUCCCUGUCUCUUUCCUCUCUGCAGGGUCUCCUAUGACGCCUGAGCCUAGCCCCUACACCUGCUAAGCAUGACCACUUCCCUGCAAGAUGGGCAAAGCGCCCGGGGGAAAGCGGCUGCCCGGGGCUUGGGGCUGGCCCAGGUGUGCGGCGCUGCCCAGGGGAGGGGCGACGCCAGCGCCCUGGCAGUGCGCCCCCAGGGGUUGCCCUGUAGCACUCGGGAAGGCGCCCAUUUCUGUUCUGCAGACAGGAGAAAAAAGAAAGAUCUCAAUGUUCUAGAAAUGCCAUCUAUUCCAAAUCCUUUCCCUGAGCUUUGUUGUUCUCCAUUUGCAUCUGUGUUUUCAGCAAGCUUAUUUCCCAAAGCAAAUUCAAGGAAAAAACAGGGAAACAAUUGUUCUUCUGAGGACUGCUUUAGCUACAUCCCAGAAAUUUUGGUAAUUAAAGUGUACAAUGAGGAUGGCACCAGCAGAGCAUUGGAAGUCCCGAGUGAUACAACUGCCAGAGAUGUUUGCCAGUUGUUAAUCCUCAAGAAUCAUUACAUCAAUGACAACAGCUGGACUCUUAUUGAACACCUUCCUCAUAUAGGUUUAGAGAGAACAAUAGAAGACCAUGAAUUGGUGAUGGAAGUACAGUCAAACUGGGGAAUGGAAGAAGAAAAUAAGCUAUACUUUAGAAAGAAUUAUGCCAAAUAUGAAUUCUUUAAAAAUCCAAUGAAUUUUUUUCCAGAGCAGAUGGUGUCUUUUGCAACUGAAACCAAUGGGGAACUCUCUCAAGCUCCUAUUUUACAGAAUUUUCUGAGUUCUAGCACAUAUCCUGAAAUACAUGGUUUCUUACAUGCAAAAGAGCAGGGGAAAAAGUCCUGGAAGAAGAUUUAUUUUCUUCUAAGAAGAUCAGGUUUAUAUUAUUCUACUAAAGGGACAUCAAAGGAACCACGGCAUUUACAGUUUUUCAGUGAAUUUGGCAGUAGUGAUAUUUAUGUGUCAUUGGCAGGCAAAAAGACCCAUGGAGCCCCAGCAAACUAUGGAUUCUGUUUAAAGCCUAACAAAGCAGGAGGGAGCCGAGACCUGAAACUGCUCUAUGCAGAUGAAGAGCAGAGUAGGACGUGCUGGGUGACAGCGAUUAGAUUGCUUAAGUAUGGGAUGCAGCUGUACCAGAAUUAUAUGCAUCCAUGUCCAGGGAGAAGUAGUUGCAGCUCUCAGAAUAUGUCACCUAUUAGAAGCAUCUCAGAGAAUUCCCUUGUUGCAAUGGAUUUCUCAGGCCAUAAAAGCAGAGUUAUAGAAAAUCCCACUGAAGCCCUUUCAGUUGCUGUUGAAGAAGGCUUAGCAUGGAGGAAAAAAGGAUGUUUACGUCUGAAUACCCAUGGUAGUCCCACUGCUCCUCAAAAUUCUUCAACAAACCUAGCUCUUCAUAAGGCACAGCCAUGGUUUCAUCACAGAAUUUCCAGAGAUGAAGCUCAGCGCCUCAUCAUUCAGCAAGGACUUGUAGAUGGAGUUUUCUUGGUACGGGACAGCCAAAGCAACCCCAAAACCUUUGUACUUUCAUUGAGCCAUGGCCGAAAGAUAAAGCAUUUUCAAAUUAUACCACUAGAAGAUGAUGGUGAAAUGUUUCAUACGCUGGAUGAUGGUCACACAAGAUUCACUGAUCUCAUACAAUUAGUGGAGUUCUACCAGCUCAAUAAGGGUGUGCUUCCUUGCAAGUUAAAACAUUAUUGUUCUCGGAUUGCUCUUUAGCCAAAAUAGAAGUUACCCCACAAAGAGAGGAGAGAAAAAAUAUUUCAAAAUGAUUUCUUAAAGAUCAUGUCUUGUGGGAAAGCCGUCAUGGUGAGACAAAUACACAGCUCAUCGACAAACUAUAAAGAAUGGUCUGUGAAUCAUAAGUUAGAGGCCACCUGCAAUUUGCAUUGAAUUCAGUAUUUUAAAAUAUAUUGUAGUCUAAAUUAAACAUAAAAAAAACUUAUUUUUGUGUGUUCUGGUAUAGUGUUAUAGUUCUGUAAUUUUUCCUUCAAACAGGAAUCUUUUAAACACUUUUGGGUUUAUUUACUCAACUAAUGUUGCUGCUCUCUCUUACACAUGAAUAAAAUAAAAAAAAAAUUCCUUGAGCUCAAAGUGAA